AUUCUCUGUUAUCUAAAACAAAGGCACGUUAAGGUGUGCCAUGUAUUUCACAAGCGCGCACUGAAAAUCCGGGCGGCAUUAUUGACCAGAAAGUAGCAGUUUUAUGUCCGUUCAACGUUUUAUGAAAUCGGAUCGUUCUCGACGUAAUUAGGUUAGAAAGGAACAGGUGGUGAAGCCACGCCCCCAUUCAUUCACCGGGCAGAUCUCGUGCAUCUCUGCCGUGUCGACUGUCGUGGUCAGACAGACUCUCCGGAGCAGACGACACAACCUUUGUAUCAGUCAAUCAUACGGGUAACAUUUACAAGUCCCACAGGCAGCAGAAGCAGGUAUCGGACCAUUCAGGGACCAAGGAGACGGUUUAAAAGCUGAAUUGUCAGCAAUCACACUGGCAUUGUCAAUAGAAAGCAGCCUGAGAUUGCAGAGCGGAGGUGACUCACGUUACAUUGGAUAAUAUUCAAAUUGCGGGAGAUUAUUGAGAGCGGAUUCACCAUGUGUUGGUCUACCCAGAAGGGAUGUGUUGUGAUUGUUUUCUUAAGUUUCUUGGCGACGUGUGUGAUGGCGGCAACAACUGCAGCACCAAAUACAGUUGAUGCUUGUGUGAACGUGACCUGUGAAAACAACGGAACAUGUAUGAAUGGUACUGGCAACUGCAGUUGUACAGAUGGCUGGCUUGGACCCACAUGUCAAACAGAAGACUACUGUCACACUGCAUCCUGCGCCAAUGGAGGAGUCUGCAUCCUCGGACCAUCCAACUACACCUGCAACUGUACCUCGGGAUGGACUGGCUGGCUCUGUGAUGAAGAUGUAGAUGACUGCCUGACGACCCCAUGUAAAAACAAUGGCAGUUGUUCUGACGCAGGAACGAACAACUUUACAUGCUCCUGUACACAAGGAUGGCUGGAACCGACUUGUGAAAAUGAUGUAGACGACUGCCUCACGACCCCAUGUAAAAACAAUGGCAAUUGUUCUGACGCAGGAACGAACAACUUUACAUGCUCCUGUACACAAGGAUGGCUGGGACCGACUUGUGAAGAUGAAGACUACUGUCACACUGCAUCCUGCGCCAAUGGAGGAGUCUGCAUCCUCGGACCAUCCAACUACACCUGCAACUGUACCUCGGGAUGGACUGGCUGGCUCUGUGAUGAAGAUGUAGAUGACUGCCUGACGACCCCAUGUAAAAACAAUGGCAGUUGUUCUGACGCGGGAACGAACAACUUUACAUGCUCCUGUACACAAGGAUGGCUUGGACCGACUUGUGAAAAUGUGGACUACUGUUUUGGAGCAUCUUGCACUAACAACGCCACCUGUGUACUAGGGGCAGAUAACUACACAUGCAGUUGUCAACCUGGAUGGACUGGCUGGCUUUGUGACGUUGAUGUGGAUGAUUGUGAGAGUACUCCAUGCAAGAACAGCGGCAACUGCACCGAUACAGGAACCAACAACUACACCUGCUCGUGUGGCACUGGGUGGACGGGGGAUACAUGUGAGACAGAUGUGAAGGAGUGUGAGACAGAUCCCUGCGUCAAUGGAACCUGCCAGGAGGGGCCAGGGAACUUCACCUGCGUCUGUGACGCCGACUAUCAGGGGACGUUGUGUGACGAAGUUAUUGAUGACUGCCUGGCCUCCCCGUGCAGCCACAGUGGUACCUGUGUUGAUGGCAUCGGCAACUACACCUGCAACUGCACCGACCACUGGACGGGGAGAAACUGCACUGAAGAUGUUGAUGAGUGCAGUGCUUCUCUCUGCAAGAAUGGCUACUGCCAGAAUACCAUCGGCAACUACACAUGUUACUGCAAUAAUGGCUGGGAGGGUCAAGAAUGCUCUGUAGACAUCAACGAGUGUAACGGGAGUCCAUGUAACAACGUCAGUGAGGUGUGCACCAACACCAACGGCUCCCACUCAUGUGACUGCAAACCUGGAUACCAGUGGAGAGGGAACAGCUGUAUCGAAACCCUGUUGUUUGACAGCAGUCAGGGCGUGAGUGGUGACCGAGAGAUCUACGGACCCUACUUUGCACCAGGAGGGCUGCCAUACUUCGGGAAGAGAUAUGUUGCACUCUAUGUCAGUCGGGAUGGCUACAUCCUCCUUGACCAAUACAGAAGUUUAAAAAACCCAGCACUUAAUGCCAGCGACUGGCCAACAGAUGUCACUGUGGUGGCUCCCUAUUGGUCACACUGGGAUGUCCCAGCGGAAGGUGCUGCCCUCUAUGUCAGUGAAUACAUGCAGUAUCAACCAGACAAGACCAACACAUUAGGUGCAAUACAAGAUGUGAUAUCUAAAAAGUUAUCGGAGAACAUUGCAAUAGAAUAUGCCCUAGUAGUGACCUGGGCUGAUGUCAUUCCCUACCCAGCCAAUCAGUACAAGGGAUUCCAGAAUGUGACUUUCCAAGGAGUGUUGGCUACCAAUGGGCAGAAGACCUACGCCUUGUUUGUGUAUGAUGGACUCAAUCUGGCCGAUGACUCCACCGUGGUGAUAUCCCGAGGUUACAGCACACAGGCAGCGCCAUCUCUCCUUAGUCCUGUUGCCACUGGAAGCCGUAGUCGCGAAGUCUACAGGAUGUUCAAUGAUAGUGGUACUCUACCAACUAAUAUGAACUACCAAUGUCUGGACCAGCUAGAAGAAAUACCUGCACCAAAUCCUGCUUACCUGUAUGUCAGAAACAAGUGUCCUUGUACAAGAAAGCAGGCUCUGCUUGACAAACGGUACAUCUAUAACGACACUGAUAACUGUGCCAUUCUAAGGUUCGACCCUGCAAGAGGAACAUGUUGUUAUGACCAAGUCUACGGAACUCUUCUGUCCAAUGAGAGAGGAGCAGGCUACCCAAGGAGCAGCAAUACCACAGUAGCAGGCUACAUUGACAUGGUCAACAGCAUCUGCUGUAGCCCCAGCAGCCAAGUGUGUAAAGUCUUUUAUGCCAAGUACCCGUCUGACACCUGUGCCAGCUACACUGAUGUGACUACAGGCUACUAUGGGGGAGGCCUCGUGUCAAAGCUGCAGCCAGCUGGACCACCCUACAUCUUUAAUGGCAUUGGGGAGUAUGUCCUGUUCGGGGACAGCAGCAAAGGGGCAGUGAUACAGGGAAGGAUGGAGAGAGUAGCUGACAACAUCAACGUCACAGCCCUCACUGCCGUUGCUAUUCAGGUGAAUAAUGUCAUUGUGGAGGCCAGGCUCGGAGCUGGAAAGAACACAGUUGAGUUCUACCAUAAAGGCGUCAUGCUUCAGAACAGCAGUGAGAUGGAGGAGUUUAUGCUGGAUGGAGAUACAAUCAUUUUCCAGUAUGGCUCCUAUGUACAGGUUACAGCUAGUGGUCAGCUGCUUGUGUCAGUCUUUGUGCCCCAUACUGAGAAUGUGAUCUUCAAUGCUGGACUUGUGGCUAUCAUGGCCAGAGACACAGUCACACAGGAACUUGUUGAUGCAGCCAAGGUAACGAUUGAAAGUGACUCGCACUUCAACUACAGCCUCGCCACUGGCAACUUCUCCUCCAUAUUGGCACAGUCCAUCACCCCGCUCUCCUACUCCAACUUUACCGUGUACAGAGAUUCUCUCUACAGCUCUAAUGCCACAGCCAUUGCCACAGCCAACACCACCUGCGGCGACGAUGUUGCGUGUCUCGUCUCCUACAAGGCCCUGUCUGAUGCCAGUGUUGCUGCAGGUCUCAGGGCCAAGAUGGAGGACAUCAAAGACCAGGAAACUACUCUCAACAUGAAACCACCAAUAUUUUCUGGGUUACCCCAAAUUUGGAAUGUGACUGAGGGAGACUUUUCACUGGUUGUCAAGGCAACAAAUGACUCAGGCGCCACCUACAGUGUGACACCAUCCGAAGACCAGGCCUUAUACUCUUACAACGAGACAACUGGUGAGUUUACAUGGAAUGUAACAUCGGCCUUGACAACUACAAAGACAACUUUCCAGUUUCUGGCGAGUGCCGGACUCAAUGCCACCUAUACCCCGGCAGUCGCGGUGUGUCUGUGUGCAGAGUCAUCGCAGUGUGACUACAACAUCAUCAACUACGAGGAGAAGAGAACCUCAGAAUUAUUUGGCCAAGCACUUUGCCGAUGUCCUGAAAACACAAAGGGAGACUACUGUGAUCAAAGCAAACCAGUGUGUCAUGGUCAGUGUUUCCAUGGCGCUACAUGCAAUGAAUCAAGAGCGGAUAACCCAUGCACAUGUCCAAAUGGUUUGGAAGGAGAUGGUAUCAAGUGUUAUGACAAGAACGAGUGUGUGGACAACGUGUGUGGCGACCACGCGGUGUGUAACAACCUCCUUGGCAACUACAGCUGUUCCUGCAUGCAGGGCUACCAACGUCAGGACAACAAAUGUGUCGAUAUAAAUGAAUGUAAGGCUAACACCUGCCCUGGGUACACGGACAGUCUCCGCCAGUUCUGUGAGAACACUGAUGGAGGAUGCAAGUGGUCCUGUCGCCCCACCUUCAAGGGCAGAUACUGCACUCAAAAAGCCACUUACACAUUUGGUGGGGAGAUCGUCUUUGCUCAGGUUCCAGGGAGGGAUCAAGUUUGGACUGCAGACCUGAUGAACAAGAACUCGGAGGCCUUUAAAAAGCUAGCUGAGAAAGUGGAGAAAGUUCUGAAGGAGGUCAUGCAGAAGAAAGUCCAGAAUGCAACAGUGACAGUUACAGAGUUUGUCCUGGUGCAAGGAACCACAGGAUCCCGGCGAAGGAGACAAGCAGAUAGUGGCCAGAUUGAAGCGAAGUACGAGGUUGGCACGAACACGCCUACGACUUCCGCAACUCUACAAGAUGCAUUGAAUGAUGGUUUCACGUCCUGCUCCACAGCAACUUCAUGUCCUCUGGGGACUGGAAGCGAUAUGCUCAUCGGAGUUGAUAAACAGAAGACAAAGUUGACAGCUGACUACGACCUGUGUGGCAGUGACACCAACAACAACUGUAACGCUGCCUCCACUGUCUGCACCAGCGGUAACGGCACUUUUGAAUGCAAGUGUCGCCCUGGCUUCAAGGAGUGGCCACUUCAUGAUAACGCCUGUGAAGACAUCAACGAGUGCACCAACAUGACUGCAGCGUGUGGAGGGAAGGGCACCAACUGCACCAAUCUGCUGGGCACAUAUACCUGCACCUGUGAGAUGGGCUACUACUGGACCAACCCCACAGACAAGUGUCAGAAUAAAUGUAAUGAAGCUCCUUGUGAAAACGGUGGCUCCUGCAUUAACACACCUGGAGAGGAUCCUGGCUACGCCUGCAAAUGUCCCUCUGGUUGGGUAGGGUCAACGUGCGGAGACAAAGACCCGGAGGCUGAGAGGAAGAGGAUUAUCAUCAUCGCGGUGUCCGCCUGUCUGGGUGGUCUCUGUUUCCUCCUGCUAGUGGCGCUGUGCUGUGUCUGCAGAAAGAAAAAUCCUCCUUCAAAAAAUAGAGGAAAGUCCUUUGAUGUGUUAGAUGAUUCAGACGACUAUAUGGCAGAGACAAGGAUACCACGCCCCCAAGUUAGAAGACACAGUGACAAUCUAGAAAUGGUAGAAAAUGGUAGCAAAACAAAUUUAUUGAUUGAGGAAGAGCAUGCACUAAAGGAACGCCAGGCGUCUUUCAACAAACACACCAAGUUUGAUAAGGAUCAGAGUGACCCUCGCAGCUAUGUCAACCAAGGCUACCGUAAAGAAAAUGGAGCAGAUGAAGACCGCAAUGAGAGGCUCUAGGCUAGUGUCCAACAUUGUUAGAAACAUGUGCAACAUUGUCACCAUCAGCAACAUUGUCAGCCAUUGUGCAACAUUGUUUGCAACAUUUUGCAACUGCAACAUUGUCAGCAUUAUCUGCAACAUUGUCAGCCAUUGUGCAACAUUGUCAGCAUCAUGUGCAACAUUGUCACCUUCAGCAAUAUUGACAGCCAUUGUGCAACAUUUGCAACUGUAACAAUGUCAGCAUCAUGUGCAACAUUGUUAGAAAAAUUAUCAGCACCAGUAUCAUUGUCAGGGGAUUGUUAUAUAUGUUGUUGACAAUGAUAGCAUUGUCUUUGCUUGAUUACAGAGUCAGCCACUACAUGUAAAAUGUCAAAAGGUUUCAUUGAAGUGCCUCCUGUUAAAAUAACCAUAAACUGUUUAACAUUUUACUGUCUCGAACUAUUGAAGUAGUCACAAAUAUGAUAAAGAUACAUUUGUUGUGACAAAUACUCGUACAAUACAGGAAAACAAUCAACCAUUAUCAAGGAGUAUUUGAUGACUGAUUAGAAGAUAAAUAGUUACAAUUGUUACUUAUGCAGAAUGUUAUUGUCAUUCAACGACUGUAAAUUCAUUUAAUUGACGCCGGGUUUUUUUUCUGUAGGUGUAUUUAUUUUUAAACAGUAUGUUUACAUAUUAACUCUGAUAUAUCAUCAAGAUAUUAUUCAUGAAAUGAGCGUUUAUUCUUCUAAUAUACAAAGGCGUCAGUCAUCAUGAAACACUUGCCAUCAUCAUUCAGGAACUCUUACAUGGCAACUUCCAUGUCAAAACCAAAAACGUCCUUAUUGAAAUUGAAAAAUUAUCUUUAGACGUUCUGGAUCGUCUUGAAAAUAGUACCGUUUAUAUAUUCAUCCGAGUAAAGCAGCAUAUUUUUCAGAAUAGAAUGAUAAUCAACGAUGUGGGCUGACCAAUCAAAUUAAGGAACACACCAACUAUUGGUUUACAAUAUAUGAUAGCACAGAUUUAUGAGAUUUUAUAAAGAUGCAACCAAAAUGCAUAGCUUUACUAAUUUCAUAAUACAUGAGAAUCUUUAACUUUGUGCUUCAGUAUUCAUACUCCAUUUAAACUAGCCAAUAUUUAAGUACUGCACAUGCAUUUUGUGUGAUUUGAUCGUUGUAACCAGUAAAUUCGUAAUGCAUGUGUGUAGAAUUAACACAUGAGCUUAAAAUUGGUGUCCAAAAAGUAGGUCAGUAAACUGUCAAUUUGUUACAGAUUAUCUAAAACAAUGGAGUGGUGUACUACAUAUAUUUUGACAACAUAAAUAUGGUUAAUGUGGUUAAUUUUGACAAAGUUUCUUGCUAUGCUUACAGGGGCGGUGGGUUAGCCGAGUGGUUUAAGCAUUCGCUUGUCAUGCCAUAGCCCCGGGUUCGAUUCCCCAUUUGGGUACAAUAAACUUGUGAUACGCUAAGCUUUACCAAAGGCUAAGUAUUGAUUAUUCUCUUACUCCGUAUUGUGAUCUCAUGUGAUAGUGCCCCAGACACGUGGUACAAGUAACACAAUGCUGUGAUGCUGGAGGAUGUGUUUGGCCAGCGGUGCGUUUAAUGGGGGUCCUCCAUGUAAUGGAACAGCGUGAUGUGUCACGUUUCUUUUGCCUAUGUCAUGUUUAAUCUUGCAGUGUGUGUACUCUUUACUUCAAUAUCAUGUUAAAGUAUGUAGAAACGUGAUACAGAUAAUAUUUGUAGAUGUGAACAUAUCAUUUGAAGGUAUUCCAUUCUGUAGCUUCUGAUUCCACAGAUUUGGACUUGUGUCAGCUAGUGGGGAAGUGUACAGUGAUGACAGUAUUGAGCCCAUCUCAGCUAGUGGGGAAGUGUACAAAGUGAUGACGGGUAUGGUGGGCUGAAAAUAGACAUCUUCCUGAGGCAGGGGAUUUAAGUGACUACAAAAGUCAAGUUUCCACCCUUGCCGAACUACUGGCUCGAAUUGCACCAAUGGCCAGUACGAGUUAUGUCCCUUCUAUUGACCAAUCAGAUUUCACAUUUCAUGUCACUUGCAUUAGCUUCAAACAAAAUGGCAGUGCCAAGUCAAGACGAUCUGAUCGAUAAUCCAGAUCAAUGUUAUAAUAAAAGGGAUCUUACCUCACGAAGUGCAUCAAAUCAUUUGAACACCUUGAUUUAAAACAUGAAAAGAUUUGAAAAAUAUCUGUCAACGUCCUGUUGAUGGUAUACAUGCUUUGCAAAUCCUGCAGUUGACAGAAGUCUGCAUGUCACAAACCGGAUGUUUAAUUUGUUGCACGCAUUUGAUUGGAUUAUGCAUAGACACAUUAGUCCAGCCAAAAUGUAACUCCGGAAUUCAAGCCUAGUUUAGCAAGGGUUUGGUAUACCCGGUUGGUCAUGUUUAAGUUGAUUCACUACUGAAAGAUCACUGUUUGUCUGUUUUUAGUUCAAGGCCACAGAUUUGUGCUUAAUUUACAGAUGAAUCUUCCCUAAAAUUUGCAAAAGUAAACAAUGAUAAAAUAAAUAAGAGGAAUGUUUGAUUAAAUGGGAUCUUUUUUGAGAAAUUGUUCCAAAAUAUUUUAUUUUGGAAAUAUUCUUAAAUAAACCCAGACAAAAUUUAGCAAUACCAUUUUGCAUUUUGCACCUGGAUAUAUUGAGUGACAAAAUGUAAAAAAAACAAGAUUAACUAUUGGUCAGACCUAACAAUACACUUGAAUUAAUCACUGAACAUAACCAUAGAAAGCUAUUCCCCAUUUAGAUAGGAAAACACGAUGCUUAUGAAGGAAAAGACAGUGGAAUUAUCAAGGCUUGAAUCAGUCAUCGUGUGUAGACUCUCACUCACUCACUCACUCACCUCACCCAUCCACCCACUCACAAGGGCACAUACAUUUGGGACUCCUCUGUAUAUCUGAAUCGAAGCCAGAGGUAACAUGUAUCAGUGUGAUGUUUCACUUGAAACAAUAUUGUUCAAAUACCUGCAGAGUAAUGAAUUCUAUUUGAAGCAGCUGGUAUAUUGUAUUAUACAGCAUUGGAUCGUCCAUUGUAAGUGCCAAAAUCAAAUUUGUUGUUCAUGUGAUGCAUCUGUAUAUACAACCAAUCAUCGUCCAGUCCUGAAAUGAAUUUACGUGGGGAAUUGUUCUCUUUUUCUUAUAGAGGGUCACCUGAUCCUCAUGAUUCUAAUCAAGUUGGUUGGUAUAUUGUGUUGAUGUACUAUGUUGGUAUAUUGUGUUGAUAUACUAUGUUGAUGUACUCUGUUGAUAGAUACUCAAAGUCAUUGAAAACGCAAUACAUUGUUCAGAUGGUGUGUAUGACAGUGAAAGAAACCCAAAUGAAACCAACAAUAAUGACAAACAUAAGCAUCAAGAAACAGGGCCCGUGGAUGACGUCACAGAGGCUCAGAACGAAGCCGGGGUCACCGAGGAUCAGUAGCGGGUAUGUCCACCUUGUGCUCUGACGCAGGCCUGUGGUUGCCGAGGGAUAUACUCACACGUUCUCCCCUAUGUCCAUAGAUAUGGCGACGUCGAUAGAUAUGGCGACGUCCAUCUGGAAAACUGAGCUUGUAAUAGGACUCAUCAGAGAAGACGACAUUUUCCUUUGGUGUAUUCUGCAGAUAGCCCCCACUAGCUGCCCAUCGCUGUCUGGCAAGCCUGUGUCAGUGUAGCUGGAUCUGGCCUUGAUAAGGUCGAUGGCACCGUAUGCCAAAUGCAGCCAGGCGCCUUCAGACGGUUUGGGGGCUGAUGCAGCGUUGGCGGGUCCCAAAAGUCCUCUUGGCUGUAUCUACGUCUGUUUGGAAUCUGUUCCGAAGGUGCAACAGACGGACAUGACUGUCUUGGCGAGGUGAGGUCACAGGUGCUGCACCAGGCCGGGGAUGAUCAGCAGCUGUCCCUGUUGUGUUGAAAUGAUGCCACAGUGGAGUUAUCGUGCAUGGAUGAAAGUUAAAACGUCUUGAGAUGAUCACUUGCAGCAUUUCGAUCGCUUGGUUCCUGCUGGCUUGGGGCGGUCGGGUAGCCUAGUGGUUAAAGCGUUUGCUCGUCACGCCGAAGACCCGGGUUCGAUUCCCGACAUGGGUACAAUGUGUGAAGCCCAUUUGUGUCCCCCGCCGUGAUAUUUGCUGGAAUAUUGCUAAAAGCGGCGUAAAACCAUACUCACUCACUCACUCACUCCUGCUGGCUUGGUCGAGUCUUGGCACAUUAAACGAGUGACCGAUUACCAUUUGUGCUUUUAAAGAAGCUAGGAUCUGGCUUUUCACAUGUAGCAUAUGGCCGGCUACAGUGGUUGUGUUUCUGUGCAGUGUUCACAGUUGCGUUUUUUCACUUUCAGACUCAUUACUCCAAGAUGGCCCAUUAGGUUUGUACCAAAACUGUCACAGGGGGACACAUAUCCCUCACAGCACGAUCAUGAUGUUUAAAAAAGUUUGUGGCAAUUGCUCUUUUAACAAGUGCACUUAUCAAAAGCAAUUGUGUUGUCGAUGACUUUGAGUAUACUAUGUUGAUAUACUAUGUUGAUAUAUUGUGUUGAUAUAUUGUGUUGAUAUAUUAUAUUGAUAUAUUAUGUUGAUACAGGAUGUGCUUAUUGGAAAAAUUGUGUGUAUUUUCCUACUAAUGUACUCUUGCUUCAGUCAUUCCAUCUCAGGCCAGAAUUUUUAUUUAACUUGGUUUACAAAUCCGAAACUAAAAAAGAAUUUAAGGUUUUUAUUCCCCCAACCAGAGAAAUGUAAAAUGUUAAAGAAACCUCAUAUACUGUCACAAUGAAUACAAAUAAAUUAUUUUAAAUACUAUAACUAAAACCUGUUAAAAGUCAAUUUUAUAAACUCCCAACCCCACCGUAUGUUUUGUAAUUAUUUUUUUUCUACCUGCUGAACAUUUUUAGGAAAAAUUGUAAAAAGAUCAUUUGAAAUUUGAAUUUGUAUACUUCCAUGUUUUUCAACCUUCUGACAUGAGUUUUUAGGCCCAAAAUACCCUGUGAAUAGAAACAAGAAAUCUGGCCUUAUAACACAACAUUGAUACUCUGACACACCUGUUGCUGGACAAAGAUGUGUGUAUCAUAGAAUUAUUGUUGUGUUCAGAAGGAAUCAGAGAUAAAAAUUCAGCGGUUCCCUAAUAUUCUAUAGAUAUUGUCUAUCAGAAACAUGAUGAUUAUCCUGUUCACAUGACUUAUAUGUUUCAGCAAUAUUUUAAACAGGACAUUUGAGAUUCCCAAUCGGACAUGUCCGGCGCAUAUGACCGUUUCCGGACUCCUGCUUAUAACUAUGAUUGAUAAUUACUAUCACCCUCAGCUUUGUUAUAUGUAUGCAAUAAUCGUGAUCAUUACACUGUGAGCUUUGCUUAAGAAAUCCAAAAAUUGUUCAUAUCUUUUUAUAUUAAAUAUUAUCAUUGUGCCUUGAGCACUGUUCAUGAUAUCCAAUAUUAAGUAUGGUCUUGAUGCCUUGAGCACUGUUCAUGAUAUCUAAUAUUAAGUAAGGUGAAAUGGGGUUUAAUGUCGCAUCCAAGAUUAUUGCACUUAUAUAGCGACUCCAAUAUUAAGUAUGGUCUUGAUGCCUUGAGCAUUGUUCAUGAUAUCCAAUAUUAAGUAUGGUCUUGAUGCCUUGAGCAUUGUUCAUGAUAUCCAAUAUUAAGUAUGGUCUUUAUGCCUUGAGCAUUCUUCAUGAUGUCCAAUAUUAAGUAUGGUCUUGAUGCCUUGAGCAUUGUUCAUGAUGUCCAAUAUUAAGUAUUGUCUUGAUGCCUUGAGCAUUGUUCAUGAUGUCCAAUAUUAAGUAUGGUCUUAAUGCCUUGAGCAUUGUUCAUGAUGUCAAAUAUAAUUAUUAUAUUAAAUAAUUAUUAUCAUUUGAGCAUUGUUCAUGAUUUCGAACAUUAUAUAUGAUCUUAUGCCUUUGGCAUUCUUCAUAACUUCACACAUCAUAGAUGGUCUAUAUGCCUUGAGCAGUGUUCAUCAUAUACAAUAGUAAAUAUGAUUCUUGCCGUACUCAUUAUAGAAGUUUAUGCCUUGAGAAUUUUCAUCAUAUCCAAUAUUUAAUAUGAUUCUUGCCUUACUCAUAAUAUCUGAUUAUGCCUUCAGCAUUUUUACAUAUCCCAUCUUAUGGUCUUUAUGCCUUGAGCAAUGCUUGUGAUGUGCAAAUAUAAGUAGUCCCAGGCUUACUUUGGGACAUCCAUUAUCAUUACAUUCUCAACAUGUUUAUAACUUUACGUUACAAACUGUUUUGUUCAGUGAUUGUCUGUGAAAUAACUGUAUUCUGCCUGUGUAUAUAUUCCUGUAUUCAAUCCAUGCAUUUUACAGAUAUAUUAAUCGCUAAAUAUGUUAUGAAGUGUUAAUGUAUUUUCCUUAUCUGUUUUUCGUUUGCUGAUGGGACUGGGACUUUGGUUAAGCAAAGUUUACAACAAAUUUCAGUUAUUUUACAUAUCUGAUGAUAACAUACAAAUUGUUAUGAUUUCACAAUAAAUAUAAUAUUUUUUACUUAAUUA